AUGUAAAAAAUAGACCAAGUUCAUGAUAUUGGAUUGUAGGGAAUAAAACAAGCAAGAUCAUUUAUUAACAAUUUCUAAAUUUAAAUCAUAAAAAUUGAUAACUCACAUUUGAAGAAAUAUGUCAAGUACUUAUUUCGUUAUUAAUAUUUAGAUCAAUUAAGGAGUAUCAAAUGAAAAUAGGAUGCACUUGCGUCCAAGUUUAUUCUUUUGAGUUGGAUACUUGA